AUGUGGAAGACGGGAGAUAGAGAGCGCCUGGGAACCAGGGUCGUUCGGCGCGACAGUCCCGGCCCGAAGAGGCGGAGGUCCUCCAAACUCCACCGAAGAGAUAGGAACGAGAUGGAUGCUCCGUCUCUUCCCUCCGCGUCGUUUCGUGCACGUUUGCCGGCGCGGAGGAGGAGGCGACGCCCGACUCGCUCCAACUCCCGCCAGAGGGGGGAGGGGGAGGCGCGGUUGUCUCUCCCGUUUUCACAGAUCGUUCUCGUCUCGACGACUCCUUCCCAGGCCGACCUAGGGCGCGGUCGUCUCCAUGACGACCCCAUGACGACCCCGACCCUGCCCUCACCCGAGAACGACGACCGAGCAUGCUUCGAGCGUGAUUUCUGCCCGAGCGAGGCGAAUGAUCAAAAUAUUUGCCUUCGAGAAGUUGCCCUCAAGGACGACCUCGACUCGGGACGUCGAGACGCGAUUGAACCCAGUGAAAAGAACUAUGCUUUCGACGCCGAACCUCGAGUCCGGAGGCCGGUGUCGUUGUCCUUCGUCGAGCGAUCCUCGCCCGGCCGGAUCGGUGAACGACUGGGUGCGAUUGUGUGCGUGCCGGAAGGAGGUCGAUCGGGGAUGGAUCGAUGGAGCGGGAGGGGUGCUCGGCGGCAGAGCUUCUCCCCUCCCGGUGCCUUUAGGUUGGAUUCAGUCGCUGUGGUGCUUUCGUCGGUGUGGGACGCGCUCGGGCGAGGUUCUCCCGGCUGGAACAGGAAAGCGCCUCGACCUGAACUCUGGCCCCUCUCCGACCCCUUUCAGAUCGAGGGAACCGGUUUGAUCUCGUGCCGCACGAUGACCCAGUACACCCUGCCCGUCUUGUACCUGAACCUGGGGGGCGAGAUGAUGUACAUCAUCCGCCAGCGCCUGGGCGCCCAGGAGAUCGAGCCGUCCAAAGUCAGCAAGGGUGAGGAGGUUCGUCAUCGUGCGCCUGGCGAGCGGCGAGCGUCGGGCUCUCUCGCUUUCGGAGACCGGAACCGAGAAAUCGUCUUAGGAGGCUGCCGGAUGAGAGGGUUCGGGUGA